CUCUGGACUCGCCAUUUUUCAACCGGGCGUAGGGUAGCCGCUGAUAAAGGUGUCGGUCAAGCCUUCAAACGACUGUCUGACUUUAUCAAGAGUUGCAGUCUGACCGAUUCAAUCAAAGUACACCGGGUCUCAUCUGACAGAGAGAGGAGCUAGAAGUGCUCUGUCUGCGGUAGGAAAAUGAACAUAUUCCGCCUCACCGGGGACCUUUCCCAUUUAGCGGCUAUCAUCAUCCUGCUGCUUAAAAUAUGGAACAGCAGAUCAUGUGCCGGCAUCUCGGGGAAGAGUCAGGUGCUGUUUGCUCUGGUGUUCACCACGCGCUACCUGGACCUCCUCACCUCCUUCAUCUCCCUCUACAACACCACCAUGAAGGUCAUCUACAUUGGGUGUGCGUACGCCACCGUGUUCCUCAUCUACUCCAAGUUCAAGGCCACGUACGACGGUAACCAUGACACCUUCAGAGUGGAGUUCCUGGUGGUGCCAGUAGGGGGCCUAGCGUUCCUUGUCAACCACGACUUCUCACCCCUCGAGAUCCUGUGGACCUUCUCCAUCUACCUGGAGUCUGUGGCCAUCCUGCCACAGCUGUUCAUGAUCAGCAAGACUGGGGAGGCGGAGACCAUCACCACGCACUACCUGUUCUUCCUGGGCAUGUACCGCGCCCUCUACCUCAUCAACUGGAUCUGGCGCUUCUACUUCGAGGGAUUCUUUGACAUGAUCGCCAUCGUGGCCGGCGUGGUCCAGACCAUCCUCUACUGCGACUUCUUCUACCUAUACGUCACCAAGGUACUGAAAGGAAAAAAGCUGAGCUUGCCAGCGUAAAGUGCCAAUCCCUGGCCCCUCAGCAGCGUAGCGAGCCGCACGGGCGGGCGGGCGGGCACAGGACAUCACAGUUGCCACGGCGCCCAGUGCAAGAUGCCUGAGACGGAGUUCGAAUAGCAACACCAACAGCAAGACCAACACCAGGGAUCCACCACUCUGCUUCUUCUGAUGUCUCCUGACAUGGCGACACACACCAGAGGGGUAUACCAAGAAGCUGGUUCAAGAGUAAAUCAGGUUGUUCAGAGGUAAAUAAUUUCUAAUAGAGGAGCCUGGAGUCCUCAUGUUCUUGAACAUGAGGACUCCAGGCUUUUCUAUUAGAUGAUUUACCUCUCAACUUAACCUGGUCUACUCCUGAACCAGCUUCUUAGUAAAGACCCCAGCGGUCAGCGGCUCCAGAACCAAGCCAAGGUCAUCCCCAAAAUGGCUUAUCUCAACUCCACUCUUCUUUUGUAAAAUGUUUCGUUUUGUUUCAUUUGUUUUAUUUUUUUACCCUUCCCAGUCCUCUCCCACUACAGCAAGCCUUCGGGUUCCCGUUUUACGCAUCUUGCCUUAACCUUUUUAUUCUUCUGUACAAAGGAAAAUAAUGAACGAAGCAAAAGUGUUUUUUUCUACAUGAAAAGAUGUUCACUCUCUCCACAAUUUGAAGCGCAUCACUGUUUAAAACCAACAAAAAGAAAGAAAACAAAAGGAAAAACUCUUUAAAACGCCUUGAAAUUUGGCAUUGUACAACACUCGAGAGGACUUCUUCACUUGUUCUUAUGGUGGAUAUAUUGAGUAUGUUUGUCUGAGGAUUUGUAAUCAAAAAAAGUAUACAUGUGCAUUGUUUCCUGCAACGACAGAGGGGGACGCGACUGUCGGACUGACUGACUGUGUGUGCGUGCGUGCGGUUGUUGUGUGCGUGCGUGUCUUGAGUGUGUGUACUUGUGUUUGUGUUUGUGUGUGUGUGCGUGCGUGUUUGUAUGUGCGCUUGUAUGCACUCCCUUUCCUCAAACCCCAUGACAGUUAUUUGAAUGGCUGUUGUUUUUCUUACGAGUGCAUUUGUCACCCCCCCUGUACAUUCCUCCUGUAACGAAUGCCAGUCAUGAAAGGAUGGCUCCAUCACCAAGCUGCUCUGCCUUCACUUUUUGUUUUAGUUUUUUUUCUCAAGUCAGUAAAGGCCAUUGUUUUUUCAUUCAUUCAAUCAAUGUUCUGCUACCUUAUGGAAAUGUUGAAUACCCUUUUACCCUGCUCACGACAGUGUUGGGUGACAUCACACCAUGUACCUGUAAAUCAGUUGAAAUGGAAUCAUCUGUUUACCGAUAUGUUAUGUACCGUCAUGAUGUCUAACAGGUGCCUAUACUAAGAAGCUGGUUCAGGAGUAAACCAGGUUAAGUCAAGAGGUAAAUCAUCUAAUAGAAGAGUCUGGAGUCCUCAUUUAAUGAUAACUAGACUCCUCUAUUAGAUGAUUUACCAGGCUCUUCUAUUAGAUGAUUUAACACUUAACUUAACCUGGUUUACUCGUGAACUAGCUUCAUAGUAUAGGCCCCAGGUGUCAUAACACUGCUGGAUUUCCAUUGCUGUAGAUGACCGUCUUCAUGUAACUGGCUAAUAACUUCUUUUUUAAAUUUAACUUUGUCUACCCCCCUCGCUCUCUUUUUGGAGGCCCAUAUCAAAUUCGCUUUCUUUAAAUGGUUCUUUCAUUUCAAGAUUUUGCCAACAGGAAACAACUGAUGGAAUACAAGUGUUGAUGGUCAGUGUUGUUUUUUUUUUUUUUUAAGUGCUAAUACUCUUCUUACUAAAAGAUCAGUUGUACCUGGACCAAUAUCAACAUUAUGUGCAUAUUGAUGGACUCAGACGGGUUUUUUUUUACCUGAUAAGUUUCAUUUAUUAUGAGCAAUGUCACAAACAAUACAUCAAUACUCUUGUUUUUAUCAACAUACCCCAAUCAUUCCUCUCUUCUUUUUUGUGUCGUUUUAUUUUCCUCAUUUAUACUUUUUUUCUUUUUUUAAAUAGAGCUUUUGCAUGAUGUGACCAUCUUGAAUAAAGAUUUUAUGGGAAACACUG